CCAUCCUCUCCCUUUUCAUAAACCCAGCUCUUAAUUCUUUCACACUCUUUCCAGCAUCCCCAGAUCAUCCGCCCUUCCACCGUGAUCUGCCCUAGUGUCUGUGUCUGUGUCCGUGUCCUGCUACUGUUCUAGGCUGGGCCCCGUCGAUCACCGCCUACCAGCAAUCUCCGUCAUCGUCUUAUAUCCAAGCAGCUCCUUUACUAGCUCCGAAUCCUUCUUUCCGCUCCUUCUCCUCCUCUCUCCAUUUCGCAUCGUCAUAUCCUUAUUUCCUCUACCCCCGAGACAUCCCACACGAUGCGAAUAUCCUCCGUUUCCCUCGUUUCCUCGGCCGCCGCCCUCCUUCCCACCCUCGCUGCCGCAGUCACCUUCGACUGUGCACAGAUCAAUAAAGACGGCUACAAGUACGACCUCAGUCCGCUGGGCGGAGCACACUCACUAUACCACGUCGACACGACCGACGAAUUCACCGUCAACACCACAUAUGUCCUAAACAUCUGCAAUAUCCUCGGGGGGAAGGCCAUUCGCGGGGGGCUGAAAUGUCCGACUUCAAAGAAUAUCUGCGGAUACCAGUACAGACACCCCAUCAACGGCAGCGAAGAAACCAGCCACGCAUUCCCCAUCGUCGGAUUAGAUCAUAUGGGCGGCGGCGCGAAGGACCCCGAGAUCACACGGUUGAAAACGCUGGAUUCUGAGCGCGAGGGACUCCAAGUGAAGCUUGGCGGAGGCGAGUACACCGACGAGCAACAGAAGAAAAAGAGUGCGGGCGCCGUCAUUGAGUUCCAGUGCGAUCCUGGCCGGUCGGGACUAGAGGGUCUCGAUGCCGCGGACAUAAGCCGGUUGCUCCGGAUCCGUGAUGAAGGGGAGAGUGACCAGCCCUCGCCAGAGGACGGGUCGAAUCCGGACAGUAGUCUACAGUUUAAGAGCUGGGGGCCUUCCGAUGAUGAUUCCUAUGUGUUGAGUUUGAGCUGGAAGACGCGCUAUGCUUGUGAUGAUUACGUGAAGAAUAGGGACCAAGAUUCCUCUAGUCACUGGGGGGUUUUUACCUGGUUGAUUAUCAUUUUCUUCCUCUGCGCAGCGGCAUACCUCAUCUUCGGCUCGUGGCUCAACUACAACCGCUAUGGAGCCCGUGGAUGGGACCUCCUUCCACAUGGCGACACGAUCCGCGACAUUCCGUAUCUUUUCCAAGACUGGCUGCGCCGGGUUGGGAACACUCUUCAAGGGGCAGGGUCGAGAGGGGGCUAUAGCGCUGUAUAAGCAAAUUCUUUUUCUUCCCUUUUUCUUGUUCUACCUACAUUUCCGGAAAGACUUGCUUGAAAGUCUUGUCUAUCUGCAUUCGAAUCGGAAUUUGCAUUUGUUGGCUGUUGGAUAUUUUCCUCUUGUCUUCCUCCCUCUUGUGUUUGC